AUGACAUUCUUAUGGGCAAACAUAGAAUUUGAACUUAACUCAAUUACUAUGAGAUAUAUUAAUGAUUGGAUUUGGUAUCACUAUUCCAUUUUAGCCAUAUUUCCCCUUUGGAUAAUAGGGCUAUAUAGAAUUUAUCUGCAUAUAUUUGAUUACUAAAAACAUCUCUAGUUAGGGUAGUAGAAAUUUAUGAAUGCGAUCGUUUUUACUUUAGUAAAAUUAAAUUAAACUUAGACAAUAUAUGCCCCAUUUUAUUAUUUGUUUGAUGCCUUAAUUUCUAUUUGUGAAGGUACCUACUUAAGUGAAUGUAGAUUCCCUUACUUUUUUCAUCAUAUGAUAGCAAUAGUGGUGUAACCAUUUUUGUUGAGUAGAUAUGUUCUUAAUUGGUGGGAUAUAAUGGUUUGUUCUACACAUGCUAUUUUUGUAAAAUAUCCUAGAAAUGCAAUAAUCCCAUAUGUUUAUGUUUCUUCUAUUUUUAUCUUCAAUUUGAGUUUGUAUGUAGAUAGAUCUAGUUGGAAUAACAGAUUUGUGGGAAAAUAUUUCCCUGUAAUCUAUUAUUCCUUUUUUGCUAUUUUUGUCUCAAAGGAUUGCGAUAGUUCUUUACCAUAUUUGGCAGAAUGA